UGAAGACAAUAAAUAAAACUAAGAUCUGUCAGUAAGUGAGGAGUACGUAAGUGAAAAAUAGUCACUGCCUUAACGUCCGUAGAUCUUGAGGUAACUCUGAACCGAACCAAUGUGACUUGGGAUGUUGUAUGUCUCACCAAGGCACCUACAGAGAAAAAACUUCAGCAGCAAUAAAAUCAGGUAAAUAAGCAGCGGCGUGUCCAUAUUAGGAUACCCUCCUCCAUUUGAGGGGGGGAUUUAAAUUUUCUCGGGUCAGAGGUGUAGGGUUAGAGCCGGUGUAGCUUUAUUUGACGUUUAUAAGCGCAUUGUAAUAUGCCUACAUGAAUAAUAAACUAUCUUUAUCUAAUCCUACAUGUGAUGCUGCUACAGUUUCAAUCCAAAUAAAACCAUGAGUCUUUUUUUUUGUAUAAAUAAUUUCCUUGAAUAAAUAAUUCUUUACAUUGUCAAGUUAACGCCCGUUCGUCCAAAGUCCUGCCUCUUUAUUACCUAUACGAAUAAUCAUUAAAUGUCGAUAUACUUGAUGAUAUAUGUAAAUGUAAUCAGGACGAACGUAUUGAAUGCAAAUAUUAACGUUUAAUUAUGAAUAUAUUACUACUUUCCGUAGAUGUAUCACUUCAACUUCGACCGUUGCUGGUUCAACCGCGUUUUAAGAAAUUAUUUCGAUAUUUAAAACAAGAAGCAUAAUUUUAAAAUGUGUUUAUAUUGGUUCUAACGCGAAUCUCGUUACCUUUAUUUUCAUAGACUUUUCGUCGUUUUACACAAAUCUUGGUUUUGACAAUUUGCUGAGUAAUCAGCGACAUCUGUUAUUCGCUACCAUCAGUGUAACCUGCGUCGAAGAGUCGAAAAUAAAGUUAGCAAAAUAAAUUCGCGAUGGACCUAGACCCUAUAUAAAUAUGUUAUAAUAUGUGUUCAAAGCGCGAAAAUUUCAAAAAAUAUUCUACCUAAUAAUCGAUUCUAAGUUAUAUUUAAAUUUUGAAAUCAACAUAACCAAUACAAAUUGAGGUUUCGAAUAAAAAAUGGUUAAAGUGAGUGUAAGUGAAGGCGUGUUAGAAGGUAGCCAUGAGAAAAACGAAUAUGGCGGCAGUUUUUAUAGUUUCAAGGGAAUUCCGUAUGCUGAGCCACCACUAGGAGACUUGAGAUUUAAGGCGCCACAACCGCCAAAAACAUGGACAGGCGUUCGAAGCGCAAAAGACUUUGGACCAAUCUGCUACCAAAUGAAUCCUAUAACAAAAACCCCCUGGGGAAGUGAGGACUGUCUCUAUCUCAACAUUUACACGCCUAAUCUUAAGCCAGAAAAGCCUCUGCCAGUCAUGUUUUACAUCCAUGGAGGUAGUUUUGCCAUAGGAGGCAGUAACGAUGACAUGUAUGGACCAGAAUUCCUCAUCAGACAUGAUGUUAUCUUAGUCACAAUAAACUACAGACUUGAAGUCUUAGGUUUCCUUGGCCUUGAUUCCGAAGACGCGCCUGGAAACGCUGGAAUGAAAGACCAAGUACAAGCCAUGAAAUGGGUUAAGAAAAACAUUAGCUCUUUUGGAGGAGAUGCUGAAAAUAUCACAAUUUUUGGAAACAGCGCUGGUGGCGUUUGCGUGUCGUUUCAUUUGAUGUCACCAAUGACUAAAGGUCUAUUCCGCAGAGCGAUCAUGCAAAGCGGAACAUGCACUUGCUUUUGGUCGAUGCCAUUCGAACCUCGGGAAGUGGUUUUAGCUUUAGCGAAACAGUUAGGUUGCCAUUCGUCUGACAACAAAGUAUUAUAUGAAUUUUUCAAAGCCCAACCAGUUGAUUCCCUGAUUAAUCUACAAAUACCAACAACAAUGGCGAUCAAAGCUAAGAAUUCUUCUGAAAUCUAUUUUGCAGUCGUAAGCGAGAAGAGUUUUGACAAUAUCGAAAGGUAUUGGAGUGGGAAUUCAUAUGAUGGUGUCCGAAGCGGGAUACAUGAGGGAGUCGAAGUAAUGAAUGGCUAUGUGGAGGACGAAGGCAUAAUGACUGCUAUAAUGACAUGUAGAAAUGACUUUACCGUAUUAAUGCCAAGAUUUAACCAAUUUCUAGAAGAAUACGUCCCUCGACCAAUAACCUGGCACUGUACGUUAGUAGACCAAUUUGAGGUUGGACGGAGAAUUAAACAGUUUUAUUUCCAGGACAAGAAAAUGACUUUUGACGUUAUAAAUGAACUGGUCAAAAUGUUUUCCAUGGCAGCGAUGGUUUACGACAUUAUUCAAUGGCAGAAAGUCUGCGCUAGAUUCAGUUCGAACAAGUUAUACUUUUACCGAUUUACUUGCAAGUCGGAACGGAACAUAAUGGCGAACAUGUUUGGAUAUUGGAAGGUAGUCGGGGACAAGAAGACGACGUGUCAUGUUGACGAGCUGGCCUACCUGUUCCCGUGCAAAGGCCGGAUAAAGAGGACGGAGCCGGGCACGAAGACGUUCCAAAUGAUUGACAACGUAACUAAAUUGUGGACUAACUUUGCUAAAUUUGGUAACCCAACCCCGGAUGACAGCCUAGGAGUGCAGUGGUCACCAUUUACUUUAGAAGAGCAAAACUACUUGGACAUUGGCGAAGAUCUGAAGCUCUGCGCCAAUCCUGAAGAUGACCAGCUGCCAUUUUGGGAGGAUAUUUACAGGCGCUAUUUGCCCCAACGAUCGCAUAUAUAAAUUAUCUAGAAAAAAUGUUGUGUGUUAUGUACCUAGAUAAUUAAUGAUUCCUCUCAAGUCCUUCUUUCAAAUUAUGUUUCAAAGUCUUUUAAAGAGGAUUGUUUCAGUUUAGUUUGCGUCAUUUAGUGUUAUCAACAUACCCCGGUUUAACAAAUGUAACUUACUUGUCGAUGUCGAUAAAAUUAUGACGUAAGACCACCAUUACGUACGUUUUAAAUAUUGUUAUUGUUUUUUACAAUAAAAUGAAGUGUAUUUUAUUAUUUGAUGCCCCACAAAUCCCUAUUUUAAAAUACCUAUAUUUCAGAGUCUUUUAAUGGUGGAAUCACAUAUAUCAGCAUCGAGCCGCAUUUUAUAUAUGAGAAGUCGCUCGUUAGUAUGAAGAUAUUGAAGAUGCGUACGCAUCGGAAAGCUGAAAGCAUGCGUACCCAUCUUCAUACUAACAAGCGAUUUCAUUUAAAAUGCGUCUCUAUGCUGAUAGAUGUUAUUCCACACUACAUAGGAUAUUUGUUUACAUGUAGUUGAUCAGUGUUUAAGUGUGAGAGUAGAAGUUAUUUGUUACAAUUUUUUUACUCUGCGAGCAGAUCAAAAGUUCAAUUUUAUCGAUUUGAAAAAACAAUAAGAGCAUUGCAAAAUUUGAAAUACGGAACGACCAAUUAGCAGAGGCCUCUGCAAGUCUGCAAGCCGGGGACCAGCGGUAAUCCAAACUGGCGCAUCAUUAGGAAAUUUACCGAUACGACCUUCAAACCUUCAAGAAAAGAGCGUACUCCCAUCUUAAAGGCCGGCAACGCACUUACAACUCUGGUGUUGCAGGAGUCCAUGGGCGGCGGUAAUCGCUUACCAUCAGGUGAUCCGUCUGCUCGUUUGCCUCCUCUACCAUAAAAAAUAAUAAUAAUUAGGAUGCUGUUCAGGUUGCCGCGGUAUUGUAGUAUCUUCGCGAUGUUUGCUGAGGCACGAACAGACUGAUUUUUCGCCAUCAUGAGGAAGCGAUGCGCGUCACUCCUCACUCGCAGCCGAAGCAGCACGAACAGCAUCCUAAGUACGCUGGCGCAGCGUUAGGACUCACCUGUUGCUGUUCCGCCGCGAAACUUAUAAACGUUAUGUAAUGUUUUGUUUUGUCCAAUUCUUUAUUUUGUCUUAUUAAUUGUAAAAUAAACUCUAAAUAUAUAUUAUAAGUUACUGUAUUACCUAACCCUAUGGACGUCAAGUUUAAAACAAAGAUAUUUCAAUUUCAA